GCCAGGCAUCAAGACUGACCCAAAGGCACCAAAGCGUCGCGUUUCACUAUUUCACUUGAUUCAGUUGCAAAGGUCGGUUGCUAGGAGUCGAAAAGGACCUGCUGCCACGUAAUCAGUGAAAACCUCUUCCAAACGCUUUGGUGGACAUCGGACAAAGCGUGUUUUUCCACCUCCUGUCGCUAGAUGGCGAUCAGGCAACGUCUGCGCCUAGAAAUCAUCUACACCGUGCUUGCGCUUGAAAAAGGAGUUUUAAACCAUUGAGUACUGCAUUGCUAGAAAGGCUGGGAGGAGAGGAGAGGCGCAGAGGAACUUCCUCUUCCGGAUGACUGAUGGGAGGAAGGUGGUGUGCAGAGCGGCUUUUGUGCUGUUUCCAUGGUGGGAGCAGCAGCUGGCAGAUAAAGAGGAUGGCAAUAAGAGCACUCUGGACAACUGGGGAUAAGAAGCAACAUUGAAAAGGAAAACAAAUCAGUUCAGAAAUUAAAAAUAUUUUCCAUUUCCUUCAGAAAGCCACACAAUUCUUCACCUUCCUCAGUGAGAGAGAAAUGAGAAAAAAUCAAGAAGAGAUUUCUACCUGGAAAAAGCAGAGUAUGCAAAAGUCAGGCAAAUAUUACAUGAAAAGUGAAGGCCGAUUAUUUUUCCAUUGAGCAAAAGAGGGAAGUCAGUGGGGAGGAAAAGAUCAACUGGAAAGCCACGUAGAGCAGACAGUGUUGCAGGCCUCACUCUAGGAGGAAGAAAAUCACCACUAAAUCAAAGCACCAUUAACAAGGGAUCAUCUAUAUUUUUGACCACCUCAAGAAUAUGAGUUGUGAAAAAAUUCCAUAGUUGUGCCUAUUGUAGGAAAGAUACAAUUUGCAACUCAUAGUGAUUAUGCCUGAGAUGAUCCAAACUGGAGAAAAGCCAUACAAAUACUCUGAAUGUGGCAAAACCUUUGUUCAUGGAAGGAUCCACACACGGGAAAAGCCUUACAAGUGCUCCCAAUGUGGUAAAUGCUUUAGUGAGCAUGGCAAUGUGAUGAUACACCAGAGGACUCACACAAGAGGGAAACCCUUUGAAUGUCCUGAUUGCAGGAAAAGUUUCAGACGAAAUUCUCACCUUGUUUCACACCAGAGCACUCACACAGGAGAGAAACUGUUUGAAUGUCCUGUUUGUGGGAAAAGUUUCAAUAGAAAUUCCAAUCUCAUUAGUCACCAGAGGAUUCACACAGGUGAGAAAUCCUGUAAAUGUCUUGAGUGUGGGAAUAGUUUCAGUCGGAAUUCUCACCUCAUUGCACACCAGAGAACUCACACAGGAGAGAAACCGUUUGAAUGUCCUGUUUGUGGGAAAAGUUUCAGUAAGAAUUCCAGCCUGGUAAUACACCAGAGAACUCACACAGGCGAGAAACCCUUUGAAUGUCCUGAUUGUGAGAAAAGUUUCAGUACCAAUUCCAGCCUGGUUAGACACCAGAGGACUCACACAGGAGAGAAACCCUUUGAGUGUCCUGAUUGUGAGAAACGUUUCAGUACCAAUUCCAGCCUGGUCAUACACCAGAGGACUCACACAGGAGAGAAACCCUUUGAAUGUCCUGAUUGUGGUAAAGGUUUCAGUAACAAUUCCAACCUGGUGACACAUCAGAGGACUCACACAGGAGAGAAACCAUUUGAAUGUGGUGAUUGUGGGAAAAGUUUCAUUAGAAAUUCCUACCUCAUUGGCCACCAGAGGACUCACACAGGCGAGAAACCCUUUGAAUGUCUUUAUUGUGAGAAAAGUUUCAGUACCAAUUCCAGCCUGGUGAUACACCAGAGGACUCACACAGGCGAGAAACCCUUUGAAUGUCCUGAUUGUGAGAAAAGUUUCAGUACCAAUUCCAGCCUGGUGAUACACCAGAGGACUCACACAGGAGAGAAACCAUUUGAAUGUCUCGAUUGUGGUAAAAGUUUAAGUAAGAAUUCCAGCCUAGUGAUACACCAGAGGACUCACACAGGAGAGAAACCCUUUGAAUGUUCUGAUUGUGGGAAAAGUUUCAUUAGAAAUUCCAAUCUCAUUAGCCAUCAGCGGAUUCACACAGGAGAGAAACCCUUUGAAUGUUCUGAUUGUGGGAAAAGUUUCAUUAGAAAUUCCCACCUCAUUAGCCACCAGAGGAUUCACACAGGAGAGAAACCCUUUGAAUGUUCUGAUUGUGGAAAACGUUUCUCUCAGAGUUCCCAGCUCCUGAGACACCAGAGGAUUCACACAAGAGAGAAACCCUUUAAAUGUCCUGAUUGUGGCAAAAGUUUCAGUCAGAAUUCCUACCUGGUGACACACAGAAGGAAUCACACAGAAGAGAAACCGUUUGAAUGUGGUGAUUGCGGGAAAAGUUUCAUUAGAAAUUCCUACCUCAUUUGCCACCAGAGGAUUCACACAGGAGAGAAACCCUUUGAAUGUCCUGAUUGUGGGAAAAGUUUCAUUCAAAAUUCUCAUCUCGUUUCACACCAAAGUAUUCAUACAGGAGAGAAACCGUUUGAAUGUCCUGACUGUGGGAAAAGUUUCAGUCAGAAUUCAGACCUCAUGAGACACCUGAGGUUUCACACAGGAGAGAAACCCUUUAAAUGUCCUGAUUGUGAGAAAAGUUUCAAUCAGAAUUCAGACCUCAUGAGACACCAGAGGAUUCACACAGGAGAGAAACCCUUUAAAUGUCCUGAUUGUGAAAAAAGUUUCAGUAACAAUUCCAGGCUGGUGACACACCAGAGGAUUCACACAGGAGAGAAACCCUUUGAAUGUUCUGACUGUGGGAAAAGUUUCAGACAGAGUUCCCACCUUGUGAUACACCAGAGGAUUCACACAGGAAAGAAAUCCUUUGGAUGUCCUGAUUGUGGGAAAAGUUUCAGUAACAACUCCAGGCUGGUGAAACACCAGGGGGUUCACACAGGAGAGAAACCCUUUGGAUGUCCUGAUUGUGGGAAAAGUUUCAGUAACAAUUCCAGGCUGGUGACACAUCAGAGGGUUCACACAGGAGAGAAACCCUUUGAAUGUUCUGACUGUGGGAAAAGUUUCAGUCAGAGUUCCCACCUUGUGAGACACCAGAGGACUCACACAGGAGAAAAACUGUACGAGUGUCCAGACUGUGGGAAAGAUCUCAGUAGUAGGUUUAAUCUUAUAAAUCAUGUGCUUAUACACACAGGGGAGAAACCAUUUGAGUGCCCUGAGUGUGAUCGGUGCUUCAGGAAACAUUCCACCCUCAUUGCACACAAGAAAAUCCACAUGCAGCCCAAAGUGAUAAGUAUAGAGAAGGCCUGAAUUUCAUUUCUAAUGUCCCUUUGUAAGUCCAGCUGAGAAACUGACUAAUUUGAUUACAAAGAAUUUGCCUGAUUUUUUGUAGGGAAAUAUGUCGUCGUAUUAGAUGGGAAGGGGGAAAGAUAAUAGUUAUCUGGCCUUCAGUUUAAGAAGUUGCUGGAUAUUUAUUUUUGCAGAAAUUGUGCAAUUAUAUAAAAAUCUUUUUGGGAGUGUUGUAUUUUUACCAUGGUAAAAUAGAAAUGCCAUAUACAGAGUCCCAGCCUUUUUCUCCCUGGGUGCCUCCAAGGUUUUCAGCUCCAGAAUUCCCCAGCCAGCAUCUCUUGGGGAUUGGAGCACUGCGACUAUAGUUAAGAGAGUGUAGCUCCUCGUAUAAGGAGAAAGCAAGAGAAGAAGUAGAUGGGAUUUCAACGUUCAUCUUUUCCUAACUGUUCCAGGAAUUCAUUGCACCAAGCAUGUCCGUUCAGAUUGUGUCAAGAAUGAGGCACGCAAGUGGAAGAAACCACAUAAAUAGCAAAUAUUUGGGGGGAGUUUGGGGCAGUGACAAAACCAGUGUAAAAUUUCAGAUGUAAAGGCUGUUCUGCCCUGCAGGUGAUCUUCAUGGAGAAGAGUUGUAGGAAUAUUGAGGGAAAAAAGGAUUGUGGUUUUGAGCACAUGACCUCCAGGUUUAUUUGCAACUCCUGCUGUGAUAUCCUUUGCUUGCAGAUGCCUCCUUGUUAGCCUUUGAGGGCUGGGGAGUGAGAGCAGCACCAAGGGACUGAUAGGGUCCCCCCCCCCUUUGGGAGAUGUAAGCAAAAAAAUUGUACAGUAGGUAUUUCAUUUCUAAAAUAGCAUUGCUUAAGAAUCAUCAAGAAAGAAAAAUAAAGGAAAGUGUCAGCAUUUCUGUAAACAUUGGGACAAGGUAACGCAAAGCUCUCUUCCCAACACAUGGGAGACAUUUCCCAUUCUUUCACUUCUCUCCCAGGGCUCCUUAAUGUUUUUUAAAAAUUUCUUCAAAUAAAGAGAGAAACAUUAUUUGUAGCAGCGGAAGUGACAUUUUAGCUAUGGAGACAAAUGAUCCUGAUUUUGCUGGGAUUGGAAGACAGCAAAGAAUUCCAAAAUUGUUUAUUUCACCAACACAAUUCAAAAACACAGGUUACAAUGUUUUUUACUCGGUCGCAUUGCAUGUGAUCUCUUUGCAGAAGGACACUCAGCAACCAGGAGCUGGUCAGGACUGGCGUGUGGUGGAUCCAAGGGGCUCUUUCAGCCCAGGUCUCAAGCUCCUACUUUGAAUUUAAACGUGUGAAAUUUCAAAACUUUAAAAUAGUAAAUUUAUAUUUAAUCAAU